CCGUCGUGGGAGGAUGGAGCACGCCGACGGGUCUAGGCAGGUAGGGUGGCGACUUGCUCCCCUUGAGACUUCGCAGGGGAUCGCUCUUGCGGAUGUCCUGAUCGGGAAGCAUGCGAGCAUCUGAGCCUGCCGAGGGUGCAGUGAAAUCUUUGGGUGGUACUUGGCCCUGUCGCUGGAGCCGAGUCACGUCGGCUGGCGAGACUGUCGAGACGGCACGAUGCUGACAAGUGCAUGCCGGAAAAGCUGCGCUGAAGCCACGCUGGGCUCGGUGAGCGGCUCUGCGCAUGGCCGACGACUGCUCUCGUUGGCAGGCACGCGCUGUUUUUCUUCAACUCGCUCGACUCGACCGCGCAGCAAGGACCGGACAAGACGAUGGGCAGAGCGACAGUGUACUUGCUGCCCUUGGCGAGCCUCUUGGUACGCAGAGCGGCUUCGCAAGCAGUCAUUGCGUCAGCAUGCGAUCAACUGGUCACCAACAUCCAAGCCUGCACGCCUCCGGUCACGGGCUCGACCUUCUCGGUGGCCUUGGAGGACAUCGUCGCCUGCAUCUGCACCAACGCAAAUUACGAGACCUACACGACCUGUUCGGCUGAUCCCUCCUUCGCUACCUUUACGACGACAGUGCCCAACCUCAACUUUGGUACGACGGCCGGUUUCCAACAAGCCUGUACCUAUCUCGCUGCCGAUGCUGCUUCUACCUCGGCCGACACGAACGGCGGUACGCUACAAGAUGAUGCAACGGCCAUUGCCAAUUUUCAGGGCACGCUGUCGACGAACCCGACCAAUACGGGCGAUGUGACGAACGAGGACUCGAUCGGGUCACUGAUCAACACCCUCAUUGCCGCCGGAAGUGUCGAUGCCAUCACUGCGGAGCAAGUGCUUGGCCUCACAGGUGUCACGCUCACCACCACCAUCCUACCAACGUCUACUUCCACGACUGCAAUCGUUGCUGCGCCUACCACGACCACACCUGCGCCAGUCACCUCGACGGACGCAGUAGCGUCGACCGUGACGGAGACAGCAUCGAGCUCAGAGGCCUCUGUGGCUUACUCGAUCAUCAGCAGCGUCCCCGUACCCAUCCAGACGAAGAGCACAAACGUCUUCACGGGCGACGCGCAAAAGCGAUCCGCAUCCGCAUUCGGUCUGGCGAUCCUCUUUGGCGCUGUUGGACUCGCCGCCCUAUGAUGAGUGCCCUCUAGAUCUCCGUUGACUUCACACGCCUGGCAUCAUGGACAUUCACGCACGCCCAUUCUUCAGGCGUACAUACUUGUAUCGCAUGACUCGGUUCUUGUAGCCUAUUUGCAAAAGCGUUC